AUGGUCGAGAAGGGAGCAGAAGUGCGUCGUGGUGAGGCCGAAGCUGGGAGACGCAGAGAGCGAAGGGGAAGAGGAAGCGCAGGGCGGGCUCUGAGGGCAAGCGAGCGUGGGGCGCAAGUCAGGCGCCGGAGCGGAGCAGCGGCAGACAUCUGCAGUUAUAUAAUCAGCCAGGGUUCCAAGUCCCGAGACGCAGCAGCUGCCGGCAAAAGACCCCAACAACCAACAGCUCGCGAUAUCGUUUAUCGUAGCAGCGGCAAGAAGGGCUCAAUUGAUAUCGGGCCGCGAUCUGAUAAGGAAUUUAAGGUGGCGGGAGGACAGCUUACCUCUAUGGGAAGGAAUCAACAACUUCUUUCUGGAAGAAGAAGGGGCGAGGAAGGGAAGAGACGAGAGACGAAAGAAGAAGGAAGGAGGAAGGAAGAGGAAGUUGCGAAGUUGCAGUUGAAAGCGACGAGAAAAGAAGGUUGGGAGGUGUCGGGCCGAGGAUAG